UAUCCAAAAAAAGCUCUGACCGGAGUCUUAAUGCAAAAUAGAUAUUCCUCUUUCUCUCAUUUUUUUCUUUAUCUUUUUUUUUUAAUUGUUCGUAUCGAUGACAGACAGAGACAUGCCCUACAUUACGCCUGAAAAACCCACAGUCUCAAAAAGUUCCGAACAAAAGACCCAAGUAGUCGAUUUAGAAGAUGGUCCACUCUUUCGAGCGACGAUCAAAGAAUACGAAAAACGUACCAGUGUCCUCAAAAGUUACCUUAAACGCAUCCUCAAGACAGCCAGUGCCACACUCGAGGCCAAACAACAUUUGCUGGAACAAGAUAAACUGUUCAUGGAAGCCUUACGCAAAAAAGAACAGGAAAUACUAUACCAUUUGCUGAACCAUUAUGAAAAAGAAUAUGCUUAUCAUCAAGCUGUCUCAAAGACACUCGAACCUCAUAAACAAGGUCUGGAUCAAUUAGCGACGUUGAUUGCAGAAGCAUCCCGGGAACAAAAGAUGGUCAAUCAAGAACGAGACGAAAAGCGAAAAUUGCUUGUGUCGAAAUAUACACCCAGUCAAUCAACAGACGAAUCAGAAAAGAGGAAAUCGUUUCUAUCGUCUUCACCCUCUGUCUUGUUGACUUCACCCAUGAUGGACAUGGGAUCACCGCCUCCACUUUCAGACGAAGACAAGAUUGGAUUAGGCAUUCAACUCGAAAAUAAAUUCAAAGGCAUUCGUGAUCUAGAACCUCAAGACCAAGCAUUCAAAGACAGCACAGGCAGGCGAAAAGAAGGAUUCUUGUUUGCUACUUCAAAACCCUCCAAAAACCAUCAUAAUACACCUACAUUUGAUAUGUCGUCUGCUGUCAAUUGGCACAAGUAUUGGUGUGUCUUGAGUGGAGGUCAGUUGCAUGAAUAUAGCAAUUGGAAAAAGCAGCUCGAGAGCCAUAUUGAGCCUAUCAAUCUUCGGUUUGCCACCGUGAGAGAAGCACGCAACACAGACCGUCGGUUUUGUUUCGAGGUGAUUACACCUCAAUUUCGUCGUAUGUAUCAGGCUACAUCCGAUGAAGAGUUAGCGAGUUGGAUAACGACCAUCAACAAUGCCAUCAGUAGUCUCUUGAAUGGCAUGGGAAGUGCGGUGGAUCUAUCCAGUAGUCCAAGCACCAAGAAACCCAACGGACAUUGGAAACACACACGAUCCUUUAGUGGUGCCCUGAGUGGAUUAGCAGCAGCCAAAGACAAGUAUCUUAAAAAAAGACAUUCAAGCCCUCAAAAGCCUCUUGUGAUUUCAUUACCUAUGAUAAUACCUACACAAGAGGCAAAAUCAGAUCGUCUGUUGACUGAAUUAAGAAAAGAUCUAUCCAACACAAUCUGUGCAGACUGUUCAGCAAAGAACCCAGACUGGUGCUCACUUAACUUGGGUAUUUUGAUCUGUAUAGAAUGCUCAGGUAUUCAUCGUAGUUUGGGUACACAUAUCUCCAAAGUCAGAUCCUUGACAUUGGACAGUGCCUCAUUUACAGCAGACAUCAUUCAACUCUUACUUCAGAUUGGAAAUGCUAAAUCAAACGAGAUUUGGGAAGCAACACUAGCUGAGCAUGGUACUAAACCUGUGCCGACAGACACACGCGAAGCCAAGCUGAAAUACAUUCAAUCGAAAUACAUGGACAAAGCACUCGUCAAACAACUGGACAUGAAUCCGAUGGACUUACUCUACACAGCCAUUGAACAAGACGAUAUUCCUAAAGCACUGUAUGCGAUUGCACUUGGUGCAGAUAUCAAUCAGCCCUUAGAACACACAGACAGUAUUCCUCUGAUGACUAAAUCUAACCUUCAGUUGCCUAUCUUGGACGUCAAUGGCAAUGAAUACCUGGAUCGCACCAUGCAAGUCACUGUGCUGCCGGAUGAUCGGUUCAUUGUACGCUAUGCGAUUCAUUUUGCCUUGCUGACACAAGACACGCAGGACGCAUCGCGUGUGUUUUCUAUGGCUGAAUUCUUAUUUCAGAAUGGCGCAGAUGUGUUUAUUGUGGACCAAGUGAAUGGUAGGCUAUUGGCGGAUCUGAUUGGUGUAGGUGAAUUGGUGGAUGAUGAAGCGAUUGACUAUCUGAACAUGAAGAACAGUCUCAGGGGCCAAGCAGCCAUUUUAAGAAGACAGACCAUACCUCCUCCUGUGCUUACAUAGACAAGAUUUAUUGAAUAAAAGAUGUUUAUUCCACA